UUUACAUACUAUUUUUGUUGUUCUUUAGGAAGCAAACUGCUGAUUUUGGUGCUUUGCUUGAACAUCCAGUCAGAAGUGGAGUCUUGCCCUGGGGCAUGUGUAUGCUACAGUGAACCGAAGAUUACAAUAAGUUGUCAGCAGCAAGGACUGACAGCAAUCCCUACUGAGAUACCCAUCCAGAGCCAGCGCAUUUUCUUGCAUAACAACAAGAUAACCUUUGUGAGGUCCACCAGUUUCACCUCCUGUCGCAACAUGACAAUCCUUUGGAUCCACUCCAACAACAUUAGCCUCAUUGAGCCUGGAGCCUUUUAUGGGCUGAACAAACUAGAGGAGUUAGAUCUCAGUGACAACACGAACCUGAAAUCUAUCAACCCAAUCACUUUCCGGGGUCUUAUCCACCUCCAUACCUUACAUCUGGAUCGCUGUGGGCUCCUGGAGCUCUCCACAGGGCUUUUUCGAGGGUUAUUCUCCUUGCAAUAUCUCUACCUUCAGGAUAAUAAUCUACAGAAUCUGCUGGAUGAUACCUUUGUGGAUCUUGCAAACCUAACCUACCUGUUUUUGCAUGGUAACAAAAUUAAGAGCUUGUCAGAGAAUGUCUUUCGCGGGCUAAUCAACCUAGACCGACUGCUUCUGCACCAGAACAGAGUAAGCCUGGUUCACCGCCGAUCUUUCCAUGACCUUGGGAAAGUGAUGACCUUGUAUCUGUUUAACAACAACCUGACCGUGCUCACUGGGGAAACCAUGGCUCCCCUUGUGUCCCUCCAGUAUCUACGUUUAAAUGGCAACCAGUGGAUCUGUGACUGCCAGGCUCGGUCUCUCUGGAAUUGGUUUAAACAGUUUAAAGGAUCAUCUUCAGAACUGGAGUGCCACCUUCCCCCCCACUUGGCAGGGAGAGACCUCAAGAGGCUGCAGAGCACUGACUUGGAAGGAUGCAUUGACUCCUUCAACCAGAUACGAACAAGUGUUUUUAGCACUAAGACCAGAUCUGGUAAACUGCCAACCGGAAACCCCCCUCUCAGUUCCCGUGACAGCUCCCCAAAGUGCUGCCAGCCGGAAACAGAUAAAUCUUUUAUUUAUGAAGCUAAAGGCAAGGCAGGUCCUUCUUCCCAUAGCAGCCGGCCAUCCUCCAACAACCCUCUCAAGGAUAAGGAGAAUAUGUCCAAAACCAAGUACAUUGAGACGGACCCUUCUAAAAAUGGCAGUAACAAGCAGAUAAAUGAUUCCCCUUUUGGGACCUUCCCCAGCAUUGUAGAGCCUCCAUUGACCAAGUUGAAACCAGAAUUUUUAGAGCCUAUUGAACCUUCCACAGUCCCAACCAAAAAGAGGCAGGGCUGCUCUAAAAAGAACAAAUCAAAGGCCCAGUGCCGCCUCACCCAGCAAGGAAACAGCUCCACAUUACAGCUCAGCCUAAGCCUUUUGAUCCCCCCCUUGGUGUGGAGCUUACUGUUAUUCUGCUAAAAUUAACUUUUUUCCUGGGUUGAUGACACUUUAAUACUAGACUUUUGCUGACCUCCAUAAAUGUUGCAAAUGAAAUCAAACUACCAUCCACCCUGAGAAAGCUUUGUUACACAAAAGUUAACUGGAUGCCUUUAUAAAAAAAACAAAAAAGACAAACACCAGGAUGUACAUAAUUUAUUUGUCCUGAAACCUGUGAAUUAUACCUUUGGUCUUCGGAACUGCACUUGUCCACAAAGCAGCUUUUGCUACAGCAGAUGGUAAAGAAAUAUGAUUCACUUACGGGAAAAAAAUGUAAGAAAUGUUCCAAAAAGAAUGUCUAAAAUUUGUUUGUAACUUGACAUGACAAUGAAUGAUAUUGCAGGUUCCCAUUUGCAGAGGUAAUGAAUUUGAUGCUGUUUGAAUCCUAUGUUUAUGAAUAUUGCAGUUUUUCCGUAUUCAUUCCGUGACACCAUGUUUACGGGCAGCAUUUGUUAAAGAAUGCUACCUUCUCCUUCACAAGAUUGCAGUAUAUAUAGAUAUGCAUUUUAUUUUACUUGUGUACAAGUAUACAAAACAUAUAAAAUAAAGAUUUCUUUUUCCUAAAUUGUUGUCAUCUACAAGGGGUGAAGCACAAUAACUAGCUGGAAAAUUAAAAGGGUGUUCCGUAUGCCGUCAUCUCAAGACAAGUUGAGCAUUUAACAUGACAGUAAUAAAUAAGACAUAUUCUGCACUGUUAUGCAAUGUUUAAUUGGUGCCAACAAGGGAUUUCCUUGCAUGAAACAGGCUGUGCUAAUGCUGCUGCUCCCCUUCCAAAGUGUCCCACACACUUCCCCAACAUCAUUCAUAUUUCGAGAUGCUCAGAAUAGCAGAAAGUAUUAGCCCAGCCUCUUGGAGCUGGGCAGUCCAGAUCUGAUGUAGAGGAGCAUUAUUAAACAACCCCAAAAAGUCAGACAGGGCCAUUUUUCUUCUGAUAUGCACAGAUAGCUAGCAUCUUCUCUGUGACUAGAUGUUUCCAGAGCACUCAGGCUUGGUUUUACGAAAUAGAAACGUCUCCCAGACAAGCAGCUCCUGGUCACUCUGGCUGUGCUGGAGAGCUGGUGUCCUCUUCUGGCUUUGCCACCAAUGCUUCGUGUAGUCACUGUGCAAAUGACUUCCUCUUCUAUAUUAGUCCCCGUCUUUGACCUUGGGAUGCUAUGAAAAUAAAUCCACUGUUAUCUGAGUAGCUGCAUAUCACGCAGUGAACCAUAAAGUACUUAGCUGGAUCUAACCGUGUAUUCCUUGUACUGCAGACAGACCCUUUGUAUACUCUCUAUGUAUUCCAAGUUUAUGGCAGGGUUAUGCACAGAAUUUGCCAGACAGUUGCUUUUCCUU